AUGUGGAUGAACGUUUUCAAAAUUGGUAGUCUGCAUCAGAUAUCAUGGUUUCAGUUUCUCCCCCACGAACCUGAUCUGAACCCUCUUCCCGACAAAAGUGUAAAAGCGGACCAGAAGGAUGCUGCAAUGUUACUGGUGCUUUCAUCACAUCUGCAACUACAGAAGGAAGGGUUUCUCAGUUCAUGGACCAAUUCCUUUGUUGGACCCUGGGAUCCAUCUCAGGGUUUGCAUAAUCCUGAUGAAAAGAUUAAGCUGUGGCUUUUUCUUCCAGGGCGUCAUUCAUCAGUUUCUGAAACUGCUCAGCCAGCAUUAUCUGGAUUAAGAGUUGUUGCGUCUGGGCUCUGGGUCGCUCCUGGGGACUCAGAAGAGGUUGCAGCUGCUCUCUCUCGGGCUUUAAGGAAUUGCAUAGAAAGGGCACUGCUUGGGCUUUAUUACAUGAGAUUUGGAGAUGUGUUUUCAAAGGUCCAUCAAUUUCAAAGGGAAGAACUGCUAAGGAGAGGACACCCUGCAUUUGAGUUUGUCUUUGCUGCAACAGAGGAGGCAAUCUUUAUCCACGUCAUAGUGUCCUCAAAGAAUAUCCGAAUGCUUUCCACUGGUGAUCUAGAAAAACUAUUGAAACAUUCUACAGAGACAACAUAUAGACUUCCAGUGAUUGUUUCUCCUCAUGGAAUACGUGGCAGCUUGACUGGUUGUUCAUCAAGUGAUCUUGUCAAGCAAAGUUAUUUCAGCUGUUCUUCCAAAUUAAGGGUGUCAAAUGGAAUUAUAGGUCUUCCAUAUCAUGCUUCCCAGGGUGUUGGUUGCCAGCUAAGGGGGCAGAACUGUUUUGUUGAAGUGAGCCUUGGCUUCCCUAGAUCUGAAACUGACAAGGCAUUGCAGUCAAACAAAAAUAUUGUUAGGAAUUUACCCAAAUCUCCCGUCACUGGACAAAGUGAUCACAAAGGAUCACCGGAUCAUUUGUCAGAUAAUGAGAAAACAUUUCUCUAUCCAGCUGAGGCAGUGCUUGUACCUGUUUUUCAAACGUCGUUAGCUAGGUCUUCUUUGAGAAGAUUUUGGCUGCAGAAUUGGAUGGGUCCAUCCCUGACUGGUUCCUCAUCCUUUAUUCACUGUGCGGGUAAUGUGGAAUCUACUGAAGAUCCUUGGACUGAAUACAAUGGAACCCGAACUCAAAAUGGUUAUGAUAGUAGUAGCAAUAGCAACAGUAGCAGUAUCAGUAGCUUAAGUGCCAGCUCUAGUGAUAGUGAUUACAAGACUACAGGACCAAGUGAACUGGAGGCAGAUGCUGAUUCUUUAGCGUGUAGACAGUCUAUGAUAUCUUCUGUUGAUCGAUUGGGAAGUGACGGCCCCAAAUUGGGCUCUAAGCGGUCUCGACCAGGAACACAGUCAUUAAGUGCGACUACAAAUAUUCCCGGGCAAGAUGCGUACAUGUCUGAUUUUGGUUCCAUGGAAGUUAACAAUUCAGCCAUUACAAGAGCAGAGAAUGAGCCACUUGGGUCUUACUGGGACUGGGGUGACAAUGACGAGGAGAAUAGAGGCAUGGAAAUGGAUAUUCAAGCUCUUUUAUCCGAGUUUGGUGAUUUUGGCGACUUCUUUGAAAAUGAUGAUUUACCUUUUGGAGAGCCCCCAGGAACUGCUGAAUCUCAGGCUCUUAUGUUGUCUGCCCCGGAUUGUGGAGAUGUCAACAGUAGUCCAGUUGGUAACGAUGUGAUGGAUGUUUCAGAUCAAAUACAUUUGCCUGUUGGGUUUUCUUCCUUUGAGAGCUUUAAUCCAACUCCUCCACCAGUCAUGGAGGAGUGCCCUAACAAAGAUCAAGAUAACUUGAAUAACUCCAUGUCAAUGGGUGCAACUAAUCAAACUCAAAUGUUGUAUACAGGGGAGUUUGAUCAUAUAAUAAAAGCUGAAGCAAUGAUGACCUUCGCUCCUGAAUUUGGAGCUGUUGAGGCCCCUACUAGUGGGUUAUCCACAACAUUAUUCAGAAGCCCUUACUUUCCAAAGUCUCGAAAAGCAGAGAGUUCAAAUUCUUGUUCAAACAAUUACUUGUAUGGUGCAGAGCCACCCUCAUCUUCCUAUAUUGAAGGAUCAGAGGGGAAGAAUGGACUGGUUAUCAAUACAAAAACAUGUUCCGGAAAAAAUGAUACAAGUAUGACUCUCCACUCAAAAAAUUACUAUACUUUUGUGGAGAGUAGGAAAGACAUAAAUGACAGAAAAGCAGUUGCAGGUGUUGUUAACAACAUUGUUAAAUCUGAGGGGAUAAUAGAACCUCCGUUUUCGAACAUUGGUUCUAAUGCCUCUGUGAAGUCUGUUUUAAGGAAGAUUACUGAAAGCACAAAGGACACUGAAGGCACAAAGGACACAGAUCAUUUCACUCUAUCUGCAAAAACAUUAUUGGCAACUGAUGUUACCUGUGCUAUGUCACAAGCUUCCAUGUGCAGGUUACGACAUACACUCUUGUCUUCUGGUAACAACCUCAUUCCUGUCGGUUUGAGCAGGUCCACUGGGGUUACAUUUUCUAAUCAGCUUCCUAACGACCCGAGUACCUCUACAGAUAACAUAUCUGGCAAGUAUGAGGUGAAAAAGAAAGAAAAUAUACCAGUUAGGAUUGCAGGUGAUAUUGAUGGAGGAAUGCUUGAUGGGCACCUCAAUGCACCUGUUGGUGUUUGGCGCUCUGUAGGAGCUUCAAAAGUCGUAAAACCUUCCAGUUCACCAAACAUGGAAGUUGGUCCUUCCUUUUCCCAUAAUUCAUUCAGUGAGGAAGGCAUCCUUUCUUAUGGUCAAAGAAAACCACUUCAGGAGCUUCUUGAUGGUAUCACAUUACUUGUCCAACAGGCUACUUCCUUUGUUGAUCUGGCAUUGGAUGCGGAUUGUGGUGAUGGUCCUUAUGGCCUGCUUGCGUUGCAAGAACAGUGGAGGCGUGGGUUUUGUUGUGGGCCUUCAAUGGUCCAUGCUGGUUGUGGAGGAACUCUUUCCUCUUCUCAUUCGCUGGAUAUUGCUGGUUUGGAAUUAGUGGAUCCACUUUCUUCUGAUGUUCAUGCAUCUACUGUGAUCAGUUUGUUGCAGUCUGACAUAAAAACAGCUUUAAGGUCAGCAUUUCCCAAUUUGGAAGGGCCACUAUCUGUGACUGAUUGGUGCAAAGGACGCAACCAAUUAGUUGAUACUGGAAGCAUAGUUGACGGGGUUUCUGCAGAAUCUAGCAUUAGUGAAUGUAGGGAUUCUUCGGAACCAUUGAGCCCAUCCCAAUCAUCUGUUUGUGGAUCAUCCAGUUUUAAAGUUUCCAGCAUGAUGGAUAGUGCCAAGGUGGAUGAGACUUCCCAAAGGAGAGCUGGUCAAGAUAUGUGCAUUUCAGAGUCAGAGCAGCACCUGUGCUCCCGGCUUAAACCUACCCUCAUUGCUGUUCCAUUUCCUUCUAUACUUGUAGGGUAUCAGGAUGAUUGGCUCAAGGCAUCGGCAAACUGUCUGCAGCACUGGGAAAAGGCUCCUCUUGAACCUUAUGCUCUGCAGAAACCUAUUACAUAUCAUGUUGUAUGUCCGGACAUUGAUCCCCUUACUUCUGCUGCUGCUGAUUUUUUUCAACAACUAGGAACAGUCUAUGAGAUGUGCAAGUUAGGUACUCAUUCACCUUUGGUCUUGGGGAAUCAGAUGGAGAUUGAGCCUGCGAAGUCGUCAUCUUGUGGUUUUGUUUUACUUGAUUGUCCUCAAUCAAUGAAGAUUGAGAGCAGCAAUGCAUCUCUUGUUGGUUCAGCGCUGAGAGCUUUAAACCUCAACUCUUGUCUUUCUGCGAACCCCUCUGAAGGAAAUAACAAUUCCUGUUUGGUAAUCUAUGUGGUGUGCCCGUUUCCUGAUCCAUCUGCAAUUUUACAAACUGUUAUUGAAUCAUCUGUUGCCAUUGGAUCAGUUAUCCAACAGUCAGAUAGAGAGAGGAGAUCUAGCUUGCACAGUCAGGUUGUCAAGGCAUUGAGUGGUUUGGCAACUGUUGAUGAAGCUUCAGCAUCUAAUAUCCCUGUGCUUUCUGGCUUUAGUAUUCCUAAAUUGGUCUUGCAGAUAAUUACAGUCGAUGCCAUUUUCAGAGUCACAAGUCCAUCAGUGAGUGAGCUUGUUAUUUUAAAAGAGACCGCCUUUACUGUGUACAGCAAGGCUCGUCGUGUUUCACGUGGCAUCUCUAGUGAUUUAUCUCAAUUGGCUUUUUCUAGUAGAUCUCAGUCUGUUUUGCCCCAAAUGCCUUCUCCCAUCUCUGGGAUGUGGAAAGACUGUGUUGGUCCUCGGAUGGCAGGACAUUCUAUUCCAAGAGAGGGUGACAUUGAUACUAGCUUGAGACCUGGUAAUUGGGAUAAUUCUUGGCAACCGACAAGGUCUGGGGUUCUGAACUGCGAUCCAAGUAGAACUGGGGAUAUUUUUCCUCAUGAUGAAAUUCGCUACAUGUUUGAACCCCUUUUUAUUCUCGCUGAACCUGGUUCUCCAGAACAUGGUAUUUCAGUUAUUGGUAGCCCCGGUUCAGAAACUUCCAAGGCACUGGCAGAUGACAGUAGUGGUAACCAUGUGCAGAGUACAAGUACAUCUGGGAGUGUGGAUUCGGCUUCAAGCAUUGAUGGAUCUGGGUCUGAUCAAAAGACUCAUCCAAGCUUACAUUGUUGCUAUGGAUGGACAGAGGAUUGGCGUUGGCUUGUAUGCAUCUGGACAGAUUCAAGGGGAGAAUUGCUCGACACUAAUAUAUUUCCCUUUGGUGGAAUAAGCAGUAGGCAGGAUACAAAAGGUCUACAGUGCCUUUUUGGUCAAGUUCUUCAACAAGGUUGUCUGAUACUUCAAUCUUGUGAGCCCGGUCUUGCAAAGCCUCGGGAUUUUGUGAUAGCACGCAUUGGAGGUUUCUAUGAGCUUGAGUACCUUGAGUGGCAGAAAGCCAUUUAUUCAGCUGGUGGAUCUGAGAUGAAAAGAUGGCCCCUGCAACUCCGUAAGUCUCUGUCUGAUGGGAUGUCCUCAAAUAGUAAUGGUUCUUCUUUGCAACAACCAGAUAUGAGUUUGAUCCCAGAAAGAACUCUUCCUUCCUCCCCUAGUCCUCUGUACAGCCCUCAUCCCAAACCAACUGGUUUUAUAAAAGGCAAUUUAGGGCAAUCUGCUUCAAGGAAGCAGGUAAUGGGUGGACAUUCUAUGGUUGAAAAUUCAAGGGGUUUGCUUCAUUGGGCACAAAGCAUUAGUUUUGUUGCAAUUUCUAUGGACCAUACGCUACAACCAGUUCUCCCAGCCGAUUCAUCGUCUCCUGGUAAUGUAGAAGGUUUCACUCCAGUGAAGUCUCUUGGUUCCGCAUCUUCUGCAUAUGUUAUGAUUCCUUCUCCCAGCAUGCGGUUCCUUCCUCCAACAGCUCUUCAACUCCCCACAUGCCUCACUGCCGAGUCUCCGCCUCUAGCUCAUUUGCUUCAUAGCAAGGGUUCUGCUCUUCCGUUCUCCACAGGAUUUGUGGUUUCAAAAGCAGUUCCUUCCAUGAGGAAGGACUAUCGAAGCAACCUGAAAGAAGAAUGGCCUUCAGUACUCUCAGUGAGCCUCAUCGAUUAUUAUGGAUGUUCUAACAUCACCCAAGAGAAGUUUGUUCGAGGAAUUAACAAGCAAGGUGGUAGAGGUUUGAACUGGGAAGCUAAAGAUUUUGAAACUGAGACACACUUGAUUCUGGAAUCUCUUGCAGCAGAGCUUCAUGCCUUGUCAUGGAUGACAGUCAGCCCCGCAUACCUAGAACGAAGAACAGCGCUUCCAUUCCAUUGUGACAUGGUUCUAAGACUGAGGCGACUUCUUCACUUUGCUGAUAAAGAGCUCCAUAAGAAGACAGAAAAAUCUUGA